AGGAGCCGUCAGGGAAGUGAUCACGCGCAUCAACAUUUGCACACCGAGGCUCCGAGAUCGGCCGUGAACUGCGUGUGCUGGCGGGCGCACAGGGGCUCUUCACUCGAUGGCCAGAGUAAACAGAUCUGGAAAGUUAAGCAGGAAAUCAUGCAAAAGUUUAGGUGUUAUGCUGAAAAUAACGGAGUCCUUCAAGCCAUGCCCAUCCUUCCACCGACACUCGUCGUCACUAGCAUCUGCUGCGUUCUGGAGUUCGAUUUUGUGGCACGCGUCAAGCCAUUUGAACCGGAGAGCCUCACAGUCAAUCUUCAGUUUCUUUCUUUCCUCUAUUUCCUUUUUCAGGUUGUGGAGUAA